AUGUCUUAAAGGAAAAAAAAGAGAGAUCCAACUCCAACAAGAGUUGCUUUGGUUUGUCUAAAGACUACUCAAAAUAAUAUAUAAAUCAAUAACUAAUCUUUGCUUAAGAUUUUCUCCAAACAUGGUUCAAUAUCGAAAGUAUUAUUAUAGAUGAUAUUUAAUAACAUAGAUAUUAAUAUUUGAGAGAGGCUAAUUAUUAACCAAAGUCUUUAUUGAAUAUGAUGAAGUAAAUUCAGCUAUUGAUGCUAUUAAGUAUGAAAUUAGGUAAAUAUUGUAGAUAUCUGAACAAUACAAAAAUAUUGAAUCAAAUUUCAUGUAAUGUCUAUCACUCUCGUUUAAAGUAAUUGAAAUUAGAUACAGUCCCUUACACAAAAGGACUUGAUUUUACAAAUCCACCUUCAAAUAUUAAUGAGCAAGUUGAACAAAUAGAAUAACAGCUUGAGAAUAAUGAUAAAACAUUUAAUAGUAAUGAAUGGCAAGACUUUUAAUUUGAAAAUAGAUCAACAGAUGAAGUUUCAGAUGAAGAGGAACCUCAAUUUUCAGAAGAAAAGAUGAAAGAUAUAAUUACAAAGCUUAAUUAAAUUGAUGAAGAGAUAAAUUAAACUAUUGAAACAAAAAUUGUUACUGCGUUAGAUAAGCUUAGUUAGACAAAUUAAUUAACUAAGUAAUAACAAAGUCAAUUAAUUCAAAUCAAUUAAUGAAGACCC